UCAACUUCAAAUGGCGAUUUCUAGUGUGGGUUUCGCUUGCAGAUCGUAUUUCCCUAUUCGUAAUCGUACCCUCCAGCUUCACUGCUUACGAAAGGUGACUCCUUUAUAUGGACAAAUACUACAAUUAUCUAUUCGAUUCAACACUGCUGCUGCUGCAAAUGAGAUUGUGGAUGAGCCAGAUGGUUUCUCCAAGGUCGGUGAUGGAACAAGGGAUCGUGAGUGGAAGCAGUUGAAUUCGAAAGACCUUGGUAUAACCAGUUCAAUGGUUGCUAAGCCCACAAGACAAGUGCUUAAUGGCCUUAAGAGCAAAGGAUAUGAUGUAUACCUUGUGGGAGGAUGUGUAAGGGAUCUUAUUUUGAAGCGGACACCAAGAGACUUUGAUAUACUCACUUCUGCUGAACUUAGAGAGGUGGUUCGGACUUUCUCAAGAUGUGAAAUUGUUGGAAGAAGGUUUCCUAUAUGUCAUGUACACGUUGGUGAUGAUAUAGUUGAGGUUUCGAGUUUUAGUACCUCCGCACAGAACUCUUCUAGAAACAUGAGAAGUAGUGAGCUCAGAGAAUCCAAUGGCUCAGAUGGUGACGAGGAUUGUGUUCGUUUGAACAACUGUUUGCAGCGUGAUUUCACUAUUAAUGGGUUGAUGUUUGAUCCAUAUGCCAAAGUCGUGUAUGACUAUCUUGGAGGAAUUGAAGAUAUUAGAAAAGCUAAAGUUCGAACAGUGAUUCACGCUGGCACAUCUUUUCAACAGGACUGUGCUCGGAUUCUUCGUGCGAUAAGAGUUGCUGCACGUUUAGGUUUCAGAAUUUCCAAGGAAACAGCUCAUUUUAUUAAGCAUCUUUCCUUCCUAGUACAGAGACUUGACAAGGGAAGGAUCUUGAUGGAAAUGAAUUACAUGUUAGCUUAUGGAUCAGCAGAAGCAUCUUUGAGAUUUCUGUGGAAAUUUGGGAUAUUAGAAUUCAUACUACCAAUUCAGGCAGCAUAUCUUGCGCGGAGUGGUUUCAAGAGACGUGACAAAAGGACUAACAUGCUUCUGUCUCUCUUUGCUAAUUUGGAUAAGUUGUUAGCGCCUGAUAAACCUUGUCACAGCAGUUUAUGGAUAGCAAUCUUGGCGUUCCACAAAGCACUCUCUGAUCAACCUCGAAGUCCUUUAGUGGUAGCUACGUUUAGCCUUGCAGUCCACAACGGUGGAGAUAUUCUAGAAGCUGUAAAAAUCACAAAGAAGAUCACUAGGCCACACGACAGCAGCUUCUCCGAGCUAGUACAAGAGCCCAAGGAGGAAAAUAUCAACCUUCAAACACUAUUAGACGAGGUCAUGGAUCUUGACGCAUCAGUCAAAGACUCCUUAAACCAGAUGACUGAUGGUUAUUACAUUUCUAAAGCUAUGGCAGCUUACCCUCAAGCACCGUUUUCAGAUAUGGUGUUUAUUCCGUUGCAGUUGUACCUUAGAGCAGGGAGGAUCUUUGAGUGUGUGAAAGAAGAGAGGCUAAUGGGAUUCGAGGCGAAGCAAGGAAGCAAGAUUGAGUAUGCUGCGUUGUAUUCAGGGGAUGUUACGGAGAUCCGACAUGUGUUUGCGAGGGUCGUCUUCGAUACUGUGUUUCCGUUGAACCUAUCUCAAGAUAUUUAAACAAAUCUGUCUGAGUCCUUAAAGCUUGCAAAGAAACUUUUGUUUCUUAUAAAAUCUUCUUUUUUUUUGGCGCGCCCGAAGUUCGUUAGUUUCGUUGGAGUUUAAAUGGUCAAAUGACAA